CAAAUCGCCUAAGCCGAACCUACAAUUCAUUGAUCUCUGUAGCACCAAUGCUGUUAGUCUCUAGGGCACCUAUCAAAGUACUUGAUUUCAUAUUGAGGCUAAGGGAUCAAAGGCAACGAUAGUAUAUUCAGCCAUUGACCCUAAAGACGAAGUAAAUGCUAAAUUUAUAUAUCCAUUUUAUCAGCAGCUCUGAUCACCAACUUCCUUAAGCCAGUCCAUAUUACUUCACUGCCCCAGUGCCCCUCUAUCUUGAGUGGUAUUAUGAAUAGCAGAGUCACUAUCUACUUCGCACGUAACCUUCCCGACUGCGCCCGGGUGGCUUGACACUGCCCUAGACCUACAUGCAGAACUGUAACAUGGCUCAGCCAAGGCAGCCACCCCUUAGAUAAGAAAAAUGACACACUCCGGGCGGGGAAAUUCUGCCCUGCCAAUCAACGCCAUCAUUGAAAUAUGGCCUCCUCUGGCUUAUCACUUACGAUACAUUUUUCUCCUUCAUUCACAAGUCAACGUCUUAGAUGGACCCAUUGACUAUUAUCGGUGCGGCGGCGUCAGUAGGCCAGCUGGUCGACUUGGCCGGCAAGGCCGCCACAUCUGCUUGGAAUCUCACUCAAUCGAUCAUUCAAGCCCCCGAAGAAAUAACAAAGCUCGCAGAGAAACUAAAUCGUUUCAAGCUACUGAUUGAACAGACCCAAAACCAGAGACUCGACGCUUCAUCCAUCGAUGAGCUUUUCCCCUCAGAUUAUCGCGAUGUUCUCUACAAACUACUGGAAUCCAGUGUGAAGGCUCUGGAGAACCUGGAGAGUGUGAAAAAAGCCCCCUUGAUAAGUUCAAUUAAUGUAAAGGGAAGGGUCCGCUGGGCAGCUAUCGACAAAAGAAAGGCUCGUGACCUUCUGGCCGAUAUUCGAGAUGCAGAGAAUAGUUUAGAUACGGCUUUGAGUAUGGCCACAAUGCGAAUAGUGUCGAGAAACCAGGUAUCAUUAGCUGCAUUGCGGACCAGUCAAGAGAUGUUUCAACCAUUGUUGAUAAAUGAAUUAACGAAGAUCAAGCAAAUGAUGGAUGAGCAACUAUCCAAUGCCGUGGAUAAGAUUACUAUCCGCGCUGAAGCAACGGUUGGGGAGUCCCAGAACAGAGUCAAGGCCGAUUUAAACGAAGUGGCCUGCUUAAUCAAGAGUAUCGUAGCAUCUGGAGAGACCCACUCCGAUAUGCUUCGGAACUUGACUGAUCUCCAAAGGGAUCUGAACAAUGAUGUAAAUUAUCUGAAAACCAGGAGUCCUGAUCAGCGAAGCCAGGCCCUUGCUUCCCGUCGGCAGAUGCGAGGGGCUGGGUACUUUAAGAAAGGAGACACGGUGAUGAAAGCACAACGGUUUGAUACUACCCAUCAGGACAAUCUCGCUGGUUCUUCUGUUUCAACAGCAAUGCGCACGCCCAUCUCGAUGCAGAUCCUCCGCUACGAGAUGAAGAGAACAAGACAGAGUCUCUUCUGGCAGUCUAGAUCGUCUGACACCUCGCCCAGCAAGAACAAUGCUUUGCCUAAACUCGAUAUGUCUGUUGAGUUCACAUCAAGCCAAGUCAAACGGAAGCUGCAUUUUGUUCUCCGCGCAGGGAUUAGGCUCAUACGACAACAGAUGAUUCAGUUCAACUUAACCAUACAACACGAUGCUAAGCACUGGAUGUCGCUACCACGGUUGGGGUUGUCACUCAGGCCAAUUUACAUCAGGCCAGCAGAUGCCCCGAUUUUCCAGGCAUGUCACGAUUGGGACUUAGAAGCCGUUCGAUAUCUCUUAGAUACAGGCCAGGCAACAAUUUAUGAUGUUGAUAGUGAAUUACGGCGUGGUUUGCUCGAGCAUGCUUUUCGAACAAGGGGAAAAUCGAACCCUGGUCACACCGAAGCCAAACUGCAAUUACUUAUGCACUACCUUCUCGAUGUGGGCUAUGAUCCGAAUGUCUUCAACGGGUCAAACUCAUUACCAGCGAUAUUAUACGCAUUUUAUCGGAAUAAAUUAGACUCUGUUACCCAGCUUAUCCACCGUGGGGCGGAGAUCGACUCAUUUAGUGCUAACCCUACAUCACUGUUUCUGUUCUUUCCUUCCCGCUCAUAUUUUCUUGAGCGGUUUAAUAUUCUGGUUUCGAUUGGAUUUUCCGACUGGAAAGUUGAAAGUGGGUCCACGUUGGUACAUGCAGCAGCCCUCGCUGGUGAUUGGGAAUGUUUACUUUUCGCACUGGAAAUUGUGGGUCUCGUCCCUCGAGGAAAUGAAAGGCUGCACUCUCCUCUGUUCUACCUCUCCAUACAGCGCUGGAUUGAUGAUGAUGAUGUAGCCUUGGGGGCUGCGUUGGUCGAAUGUGGGGCGGAUAUAAAUGACGGGAGAAAUAGUGGGGGUGCGCCACUGCUUUGCUCUAGUGUCUAUGAGGGACUGGAUAGGCUGGCACACUUUUCCCUAUACUGCGGAGCAAAUCCUGGUUUCACCAACGGCCACUCAGUAAAUGCGUGGUAUGAAGCCUGGGAAUGCCUCCUUCGAGAACGAAGCAUUCAGUUCGUUCGGUACGAGCUGUUACUGACCCAUCUUUUACUUCACGGUGCAGACCCUUUCGAGCCGACCCCGCAGAUUCAUCAUGAUAGUGUAUGCGAUGAAUGGGGGUGCAAUCAUACCUACUCGCGGUAUACCUACAAUAGGCAAGUUGUGAGCCCGGAAUUUGCCAGAGCAUGGAGCUUCUCGUCUGGCCGUCUUGAUGGAGGGCGUCCCUCGCCUUGCAGACAUAAAAUGGAACAGGAAUAUGAAGCUUUUGAGGUGGACAGGGUCCCGAGAACGGAAAUCAGUUGGUACAGUGAUGGAAUAGUUGAGCGGAUUGAUCCAGUACUACAUGAAGAUGAAGAUGCUGAUGGGGAAAGCGAAGUGUCCGAUGAGGAUUACAGCGACUCUGCCGAGAGCGACAGUCAAUCCUAUGAUGAGGAAUCUAUGGAUACAAUGUCCGCUAGUUGGGAUUCAAACGACAGUUGCGACGACACCAGGGAUUCCAAUUCCCUUUUUUAUCAAAAUAUCUCGACAGCAGAGGGUAGGCAGCGAAUGUCCACAUUUCCUGCUGUUCAGCUUCUAUGCAAUGCACUGAACCGGGCUGGAUACCGCGCUGAGAUGGAUUCAGAGGGCGAUAUAUGGUUCGAGGAUGAGGACGGGGAUAAGUACUACGAUGCCGUCGAGUUCCAGUCAGACACUGAGAGUCAUGAGCCGAAGGAUAACUGUUACAUCUGUGGGGAUAUGAGGAAAUAUGGUCUUGGCAGGAUACCCGAUGAUAUUGAACGUGGCAAGCAGAAGGUGUACACGUAUAGAGAGGAAGUAAAGGCAGGUAAGAGGAAAUGGUGUAUAUAGUUGCUGUUGCACUUUGUCAAGGAAACUAGCAAAGUCAGAGUUAGAUAUGACGCAGUCAUAUUAUUUGCGCAUGUGUUCCAGAGUAUUAUGCUGAUUCCAACUACUUUGAGAAGCGACAACUACAGCGAUCUUAAUGAAAUGGUUCUGGCCACCGGGAUUAGUUUUGAACCCGUAGCUACAAGUACUUCAGCCAGGGUAGCAAUAAGUUCAAUGUACAAGGUGUUAGUAAUUGUGUUCAGUUAUGCUUGUUGUAUCUGCAGAGAUAAUCUAUG